UGUGUGUUAUAAUUGAUUAGAUUACGUGAGAUAAAGGCGAUUUGUAUAAUCACUGAGCUGAGAUGGCCUUCCGAGUUUGUCGUCAAAGUUUUGCUCUGACAAAUGUCACCAAGUCUCUGUUGUCAACUCCUGCACGGAGAUGUCAGUCCACCCUGUCUGCAGCGGCAGAUUUAUCCCUACCUGUCACUCAUCUCAACGAAGAGGAGAGUAUGAUGAAAGAGGCCGCUGCCAAAUUUGCCAAGGAAAGGAUAGCUCCGUAUGUCCAGGAGAUGGAUGCUAAAGGUGAUACUCAUCCAGAUGUGCUACAGGGAAUGUUUGAACAUGGGUUCAUGGGUAUAGAGGUGGAGCCAGAGUACGGAGGUCCAGGGUCUUCAUUUGCUGUAGCUAACAUGGUGAUAGAGGAAUUAUCCAAGGUUGACCCAGCCAUCAGUGUUUGCUGUGACAUCCAUAAUACUCUCAUCAUCACGGCUCUAAGAAAAUAUGGCACCAAAGAACAGAAGGAGAAGUAUCUACCUAUGGCUGUUACAGAUAGUGUAGGAAGUUUUUGUUUGUCAGAGCCAUCAUCAGGGAGCGAUGCCUUUGCCAUGAAAACCCGAGCCAGACGAGAUGGGGAUGAUUAUGUCAUCAGUGGACAGAAAUGUUGGAUCUCAAGCGCCACCUUUGCAAAGAUAUUUCUUGUAUUUGCAAAUGCUGAUUUUACAAAGGGAUAUAGGGGUAUUACAGCUUUCCUGGUAGAUCGGGAUACAGAAGGAUUAAUUAUCGGUAAACCUGAAAACAAACUUGGCAUCAGAGCAUCACCAACAUGCCCUGUGUAUUUUGAAGAUGUCAGGGUUCCAGCAAGCAAUGUACUUGGCGAAGUAGGAAAGGGUUAUAAGAUCUCUAUUGAGCUGCUCAAUGAAGGAAGGAUAGGUAUCGGAGCACAGAUGAUUGGGCUAGCUCAAGGCUGUAUGGAUGCUACAGUGCCUUAUAUCAUGGAGAGAGAACAGUUUGGACAGAAGCUGUGGGACUUUCAGAGCAUGCAGCACCAGGUGGCCCAUGUAGCCACACAGAUAGAAGCAGCUCGGACCAUGGUCUAUAACGCCAUCCGUCUCAGGGAAGCUGGCCAGCCGUUCAUCAAGGAAGCAGCUAUGUGUAAGCUCCUGUCAGCCGAUGUCGCCGCCCUUACAACAGCAAAGUGUAUAGAGUGGAUGGGAGGGGUCGGUUUCACCAAAGACUAUCCUGUUGAGAAGUUCUACAGGGAUUGUAAAAUAGGUGCAAUUUAUGAAGGUACCAAUAACAUUCAGCUGUCUACAAUAGCAAAGCAGAUCAAGGAGGAAUAUUUGAGACAAUGAGGAUGUUACAAAUCAAGCAGUAUAUACAUGGACAGUGGAGGUGUGCUAUAACACUUUCUGAUAUGAGUAAGAACAAUAACAGUGAUGUAGCUCUUCUCCAUGUCAGAAAAUCAAACUGUGACAGAGUUGAAUGUCUUAAAAGCCUGCAAUAAAUUGUUCAUAUAUACAUGUAUUUAUGUGAAAUUUGAUGAAUUGUCCCAAAUUGAAUUGUGCUUUUUUCUAGCAAUGAUUGUUGCUUUCAUUGUAACCUCCCCAAUAUCUGAAAAGAUUUUUUUUAUAGGUAAAAUGUGUCUUUUAUGCAAUGUGUACUGACUGGAGACUUUGUUUGAACAGAUGUUUUGUGGUUUCACAGGCAUGGUAAUAAAUAUCUGUAUAUUAUUAAGAGACAUUGUUCCAGAGUAAUAAAUGCUAUAUAAAAGUGAAUUAUUGUGGUUUUGAAAAUAAUUGAAUCAUGCUGGUAGGAAAGUAUAGUCAUGGAAAUCUGAUAACAAGCAUGGUAUAGCUGCAUUUCAUUUCAAAGAGUUGCAUUGAAGUGGUGGGACACACACUCACUAUACUGAUGUAAAGAAGUAUAACAUAUCUUUUCCUUAUGUAUAUAUUCAGCAAUACAUCAAAGCUUUUGAUAGACAAGAAAGGGAACAUGUGUUAACCUGGUGACCUGGUGAAAAAAUUGUACCUCAGAAAAAUAUUUGUCCAUGAUUUUUUUUAUUAAAAUCAGUGUUAUCAUGAUUGCAACUUAUAUGACAGACAGGAAUUGACUGAGCUUGACAGAAUAAAUCAUUCGGUUGUGCAUCAAGAUAUCCACAAUAGAAAAUUCAUGUCGCAAUAGCCUGCCACCAUACUAUAAAGAAUUUUCAGCAAGAAAUAAUCUCUGUGUCUCUCAGGCCAAGUGCGCUGGUGCAUGCAACUGCUCUGCCCACUUAUACAGUGUAUCUUUGAUGUUUUCUUUGAUGGCGUCACCAUUUCUGAACAUUGAGGUGCAGCAAACCUCAAGUAUCAAAUUUAAUAGUUUAUAAUUUGUUAAAUUAAACCAAUUUUUUAGGGUAUACUACCCCACCCAAAACUUGGCAUAUUUAAUUUUACAGAGGUGUUGUGGCUCAGUAGAUAAGUCUCCUAACUUUGAACCUCAAGGUCCGGGGUUCAAAUUCCACCUCGGCAGUAGCAUCCUGUGGCAAGGCGCUUCUCUUUGCUACUCUUUACCCAGGUAUAGUAAAUGGGCACCCGGUAAUUUGGUUAAGAAGAAAUUCCUUGAAUGCUUUAUCAGAGUAGCUGGCUAAAGCUGGGUUAAUUGUAUGCAGCAUGUAGAAUCAUUGUAUAAGCACUACAUACAUGUUGCAUAUUAUUAGUAAUAUUAUUAUUAUUAUUUACAAUUAUGAGACCUAUAAAUUAUGUUGUAUUCACUAUCAAGUUCCACCUUGGUGAUUUGUAUUGUCUAAUGUAUAGUGAUAUUCAAACAAAAAUGAUACAGAUAAAGCCCAAAGUAUUGAUGUGUUUUGUUUAAGUUGCUACUGGUAUUAUACCUCAUCUCUAUGCUAUACAUGUACGUAACAUACCCAAAGAAUUUUUUGAAGAUGUCGUUUGCAGGUGAUAAAUAAUUUUUAAGUAUUUCUUUUCUGGCUGAUAAUAUAAUGUACAUGUCAUAAUGUGGUAUCCAUCCAGAUGAUAUUUAUAGUCAUUGUGUUAUGAACACCAUGAUUUUUUGUUUUUGUUUAUUGCUUUUCUAAAGCUCGCAUUGAAAAGUUUUAAAAAACUCCUUUUUAUUGUGCUUAUCCAUCUAUUUUUCCUGAAAUAAAUAUCUUUAGAAGAUGUGAACAAAAAAAGUUUGGUACAAGUAUCAGUUUGGAAAUGUUCAUUGCCUGGUAGUCUCUUUAUGUUGUUCUAAAUCCAUUCAUAGUAUUCAUAUUAUUAUUCAAUGUGAUCUUUUCUAUACGACAAGGGUAAUGAACUGUCAAUCACAAAAAAGAUGGAAUGAAAUGCCUGUAUGUGGGUAGGGAGGGGGAAUGUUACCAAAGAUUGAAGGAAGAUUUAUUGUAAUGCUUGAUGAAUGAUGUUUACUGUGUAAUCACAUUGAAAUUAUUGUCAAUGUGGUAAUGGGAUAUAUACCAUUCAUUGGAAAUUAAAGUGUGAAAUUAAUUCGCUCUUAUAUUGUUAUUACACAGCUUCAUGAUUAGCUUAUAUUUGGUAUGAGGCUGCAUUUGGGUUUCAGGUUUAGGUAAAGGUUAUAGUUUAAAUUUUUAUGUAUUUCACUCUGAUAUUGAGAGCAGAGGAAUGUCCCAUGAUGUUGGUGGUUGUUGGAAUAUCUUUUAUUAGGGUUAAGUGCGGCUUUUAUUCAUGCUUCGAAAUACACCUAUGUACACAAUAUGUUCAAUGAUACUUGCAAAGUAGUACAUUUUCACCGUGUAUUAUGAGAUUUAUUGUACGAUGCACAAAGCUGGGGGGGGGGGGUUAAGUCACCUUUAACUUUUCAUGAAACUCUCCCAGUUCCCUAUAUACAUGUAGAAAAUUUGGGAAUUGAAUCUGUUAUGUCAGGACUCACAGAGACACACCAUCCUUCCAAGGUAUCUUGGGAAUAUUGUUAUAAAUAAUGUACAUGUAUAAAAAGAGUAUAUUUAUCAAAUGUUGUGGUGUACAUGUAAAGAAACAUUAAAUGACAAUGAAUUAUUUUCAA